AUGUUUGCUGUGGAUCCCAGAGACCGAAUUGUUCCAGAAGAUGCACUAAACCACAAUUUCAUCAGCAUGGAGCAUCUGCCAAUCCUCAGUAAUAACUCCUAUGUGAACCAGGCUUUACAAAUCAUGGCUGACUACCAACCCAGCAUCAAUACUUCAAUUCCUGAGCCCAGAAUGGUGUCAUCAGCCUUCAGCAACGACUUGGGAGAAAAUGUGGAUGAAACAGCACCUGACAUUCAACAGGAGGACCCAUCAGCCGUCAACAACCACUUGGGAGAAAAUGUGGAUGAAACAGCACCUGACGUUCAACAGGAAGACACAUCAGCCGUCAGCAACCACUUGGGAGAAAAUGUGGAUGAAACAGCACCUGACGUUCAACAGGAAGACACAUCAGCCGUCAGCAAGGACUUGGGAGAAAAUAGCAGCCCAUCAUACCUGAGUGAGAUGUCAGCCUGCCACCAGAGGGCAGCAGAUUGCAUAGUGGAAGGAGCCGUAAGGAAUGGUGGAAUAUAUGUGAAACUGGGCCAGGGUCUAUGCUCCUUCAACCACCUGUUGCCCCCUGAGUACAUCCACACACUGCAAGUACUGGAGGACAAGGCAUUGAACAGAAGGUACAAGGAGGUGGAUGCUCUCUUUUUAGAAGACUUCAACAAAACCCCAGAGCAGCUUUUUAAAACCUUCGACUACGAGCCCAUAGCAGCUGCCAGCUUGGCUCAGGUUCACAAGGCGGAGCAGUUCGAUGGCACUCCUGUCGCUGUGAAGGUGCAGUACAUUGACCUCAGGGACCGGUUUGAUGGAGAUAUCAGAACAUUGGAGAUUCUCCUGGACCUCAUCAAAUAUAUGCAUCCUACUUUUGGAUUUCGAUGGGUGCUUAAGGACCUGAAGGCCACUCUGGCUCAGGAGCUGGACUUUGAAAACGAAGCCAGGAACUCUGAGAGGUGCGCAGAGGAGCUGAAGCACUUUAAUUUUGUGGUUGUACCUAAAGUGUUCUGGGAGCAGACGAGUAAGAGGGUGCUGACGGCAGAGUUCUGCCACGGUUGCAAAAUCAACAACGUGGAAGAAGUUAGGCGUCAAGGAUUAAGUCUGAAAGAUACUGCAGAUAAACUCAUCCGAACGUUCGCAGAGCAGAUUUUCUACACGGGUUUCAUCCACGCAGAUCCUCAUCCUGGAAACGUUCUGGUGAGACGAGGUCCAGACAGGAAGGCUGAGCUGGUGCUGUUGGACCACGGCUUGUACGAGUACCUGAGUGAACAGUAAAGAGGCUCUGGUAAACUGUGGCGGGCCAUUGUCCUGAGAGACGACGUGGCCAUGAAGAAAUACUCGACGCCCGGGGAGUCUCAGCACUUCCUGUUCUGCGAGAUGCUGCUGCAGCGCCCCAUCAACAUGAGGACGGUGGGCCUGUCCAACAUCCUCAGCAGAGAGGAGACGGCCUACAUGCGCCAAAUGGCCCUCGAGCGCUUUGGGAACAUAAUGCAGGUGCUGAAGUCGAUGCCCCGACCCAUGCUGCUGAUCUUCCGCAACAUCAACACAGUCCGCAGCAUCAACAUCACGCUGGGAGCGCCCGUGGACCGCUACUUUGCCAUGGCCAAGAGUGCGGUGCGCGGCUGGGGGAAGAUCCAGGCAGAGAAGACGGGGAUCCUGCCCAGACUGAGGAUCUUCAGCUGGUGGAGGACGACGUGGGAGAGCCUGAAGUUUGAAGUGGCUUUAAGAGCAGAGAUGCUGACCAUGAGCCUGACGCGGAACGUCCUGAAGCUCAUGGAGCUCCUGGGUCUCAUGACGCUCGACUCGGACCUGUACGAGUACCUCAGAUAGCCCCUGAACGCAGCGCUGUGCAGGAACAGGAAGAGGAACGGCUCAGCAGCUGGUCCAAGCUGCUGGUUCUGCUCAUCACACUCAGUGUCUUGACCAGUGAGAACGGGCAGAACCACAGGACUGAAGGCACCAAGACGAUUCACAGCCGGUUAUUUUCAGAACAUUUCCCUCUUUGUAUUUUUCACAAAGUACCAGUAGUUUGGCUGUCCGUGGCCUCAGAUUGGAAGGUUUAGAAGCUG